AUUCCGCUGUGUUUUGGUUCCGAAUCGCGGAAUGACUUGGGAAUGGUGUCCGAAUGAACAAACGCAACCUUAGUUGCGGAUAAGUGGACCCUAACUUGCCUAAGGUCUAACAAAUGAAUCUUGUGCAAGCCGCGCGGCUACAAUCAUGUACGCAGACUAGGAUAAAAGAAAAUCUGAUUUUCGGAGUCUGCCGCGGCUAAUACAUAGUAAUAGCACUGGUGGUGUUAUAUUUUAGCAUAGCGGUUGGUCGUGUGAAUGCUCCACUCCAGCACGUAGACUACGUGCUUGUUAUAGAGGAUGUAGACUACGUGCAAGUGACGGCAGCUCAAGGAGUCGCACUGGCUACGUUGUACUUGUACUUGUAGUAUAGUGGGUGUACCAGAGUACCUUGACCUGGCUCCGAAAUAAUCAUUGUCGAGCCAUGGCUGAAAACAUCGACCGCGACGCAACCGUAGGUUCUGCGAGCGAGAGUCCACUGAGUCUGUUGCUACAGUUAGUGCUCUCUCCAAGCAAGUGGGAUGUCGUCACCAUUCUCCUAGUAGUGGUUGUCUACGUAGCAUACAGCUUGGUGACAUCGUCCAAGAUCGACAGGGAUGGCGGGUCACCUGCCGUGACGCUGUCGACGCUAUUGUCCAGUCCCGCAUGGAGCCUGUGGCGAAGCCCCUCAUUUGUGGCACUUGUGCGCGCAGUUUUCGUCGGCCACAGGAUAUUGCGAGGCACAAGUGUAACGCUGUUCGCGCGGCCCGCACGUGCUGACUCUCACCGUCCAGGAGCGACACUGACUCGCACUGCUAUCUGGUGCUCACGAGGUGUUGGUCGCGCUGCAAACGGAGCGUCUCUCAUUAGGCGAUUUGAUCGCAGGACGAGAGAGGAGCUGAUGGACGAUCUCUCCAAUGUUCCUCUUGGUUCGGAGCGGCACCGAGUGCUGACGUUGGGACUUGGAGUUCUAGCAUCCGUAGCUGCCUCAGGGGUGCCACUUCUCCCAUCAGCGUCGACUAGUCCGCCGUUCUAUUUAGCAUUGCUGCGUUCCUAUGCCACCGUGCCGGUCUCCGUUGGGCCAGUGUCUUGUCAUGCUGUGCUACAGUGCCGUGUCUAUCCCUGUAAGAACUGCACAGCACUGACAGCGCCUUUCAACGGCAAGGUGACCGGAACAGGUUUCACGCCCGGCACUGGUCUCUUCUUCGCCUGCAAUGCACCCUACGUACUACAGGGCAGCGCCGUGCGCUACUGCAACGUCUCCGGAACGUGGAGCGGCGUUCCUGCUACAUGCUCAAUCCCUGAUAUUCCCUGCAAGUACCACGAGUUCAAGUGCGGUGGCAGUGGUGGUUGCAUCUCGACCACCAAGGUCUGCGACGGUGUGUGGUAUGACUGCCCGGAUGGCUCCGACUAGAGCAACCGCACUAGCACACGCGGCACUGCAGCAUCAGCAGACUCCACCAAAUGGCUACAUCCAGGGAGCCAGCAUGACCAGCUGUGGCAGCCAGAUUGCGUUUGGCUGCUACCAGCCAUACGUUCUCCAGGGACCUGCCACCCGCACCUGCCAGCUGAGUGGCAAGUGGGAUGGUGUACCACCUGUCUGCACAUUGGUCUCGCCUUGCAAGAGUGGCUUCCAGCCAUGUCGUGAUGGUACCUGCCUGGCCUCAUCCAAGUUCUGCAAUGGCGUUUUCUUGAGUGUCCCGACAAGACAGACGAAUAUCAAUGCGGCACGAUUGGACCCGGUGUGUGCACACCGCUAGCUAAACCGACCAACGGCUACUCCCAGGGCACAAACUAUUCUGCUGGAGGCAGCGUCGUCUUCGGCUGAAAUUCCGGAUACAACCUGCAGGGAAGCAUUGUGCGCAUCUGCCAGAUUGACGGUUCCUGGAGUGGGGCAGCUGCCUCAUGUAAUCCCAUUCAACUGCAGUGCCAGUCUGGCUACCUGCCCUGCCUGCGUUCCAGUGGCUGUAUCCUGCCAUCACAGCGAUGCGACGGUGUUUGGUACGACUGUGCUGAUGGCUCUGAUGCACAGUACUGCCCAGGCAAGGUCACACCAUCUCCAGGUCAAACCGACUGCCAGGUCCUGUUACCACCGGCACUGGGCUCAAUGACCGUGAACGGCUUGAUGCUCAGCAACACGACCACGUUUGUGUGCACAUCUCCCUAUGUCCUUAUGGGCUUGGCCGUGCGUACUUGUGAAAUCAACGGCCAGUGGAGCGGUGUGCAGCCAACUUGCGUCCUGACGACUGCGGCUCUGAGUGCGGCCAGUGACGAGCUAGUCAAGGACUUUGUCUCAGAACGCAUGACACAAACGUGUUAGCUCCUGCUCCAUGCCCAUUGUUGGAGCGACAGUCCUGGAAUCCAGAGUUGCAAGUGAGGUGGUGAUACGGCAAGCAGACGGUGCCAAAGUAUGGCUUAAAAGCUCUACAUCUGGCAAGUGGCCGGUAUACCACCCAGUGCUGCCAAAUAAUUUUCGCCCAAAAUCGGACACCCUUCACCGACAAGGCUGGCCAGUGCCACAUGGUACGAAUUUUUCUCCUCGGCAAUUUUUUUACAGAGAAUUCAAAAUAUCGCCUAAAACACCAUGAAAAUUCGCUUUGUUGCCAUGGUAACCCCGGAGUCAUCAUGAAUUUUGUAAUGAUGAGUGUGGUCGCACACUGACUCUGUACAGACUGUCAGUGUACAUGCCAUCCAGCCUGAUCCAGGCAUGUUACUUUGCACUUCCACAGCCAAGCGCUAGCCUUUUUAGAAGCAAAUGUACAGUGAUUUGUGCCUUCACUUGCGCUGAAAAGUGAAAGUACAGGACUUCUGCAUAUGAAAGUAAUGAUCUCCGACAUUUUGGCUGUUUUUCGGACGUUUCCCUUUUCGGACCGGUUUUCGGAAGAGCCUUCGAAAAUCGGACGGUUUGGCAGCACUGACCAGCCCAAUGGACAUCGGAACAGUACACGUAGAGUAGCAUCUCUACGUGACAGGGUAUGAGCGCAAGCCAGUAUUGCCAAGCACUGGGGACGGACCUUUGGCAAUCUGAAAAAUGUUUUGUCCGAGAAUCGAUCCUUGGAUCUGUGGCGUUGCAGUUGUGGUGCUCCCGACCCUCUUGCGCGAUGGCCGCGGAGACUUGGCGAAAAGGUUCGAGACAUACGGCAUCUCGAUAUCUUCCACCACAAUCAGUACAUCAGCACCACCAUCGAGCGUAGCGACAUCAGCAAUAGAAGACGCACAUGAUAUCAUCCCCCCUUAGCGAAGACCCGGGAAUACCUGAGAAGAUCUUAGCCGCGACUUUACUGGAAAAGUCGUCAGUGACAACGGCACUCCAUAUUUUAGCUGCAUGCAGUUAGGUCUCUCAACAAGUGUACCCAAAGUUUUCAAGCUAAUACACAAGCAAAUUCACUAGGGUCCGAGUAUAUUUUCCUACACCUCUCCCUGUUUGUUGUUAUUUCUGCAUUCAAAUUGUUUGUGUACCUGUACAUUUAUUACAGUAGAGCCACGCAUCCACGGCUGUUGUUUCCAAGGGGUCAGGCUCGUCAUUUAUACAAAACCUUUCAGCAAUCUGGCCUUAGGCUUAGUUCCUUGACUUCUUGUACCACUUUCUUAGAUGCACAUCCCACUGGAUAGUGAGCAAUACGUGUGUAGCAGAAUCUGUAUUCCAGAAAAGCAGAGACUAGAGUCUAUUGACACUGCGUUUCUUUUUAAAACGUUAUUGGCUGUGGUGUUCCUAGAGGUAUACACGUACAUUCCUGGGUCACGGUCUGUGACGCCCGACUGUAUUCAUGGUGCAUCAACAAUUUUUAAUUUUGUGCACUCGUGAAAACCUGCCUGAGGCCGGCUGUGAGGCUGUAGAGUGUUGACUGUGUUUUGCUUAAAAAACCCAUCAGGUCCCCCCAGAUUUUCAAGUCUGGCCCUGAAUUUUGCCACUCUUCGGUUUCAAAAUCUAGUGAAAGCCUA